CAGAGAUCUAGAAGAUGUGAAAGAACUGGAAGUAGAACAUAACUGGAAUUUAUUCACAGUAUCUUUAAAGUUAUUGAGAAGCUUCAAACUGAUGCAAAAUGAUGAAACUGAUAACGAAGAUGAAGGUGAUGAGCAGAGAAAGAAAGAAUUAGAUUUUAUAGUAAAAACUCAAGAAUUAAGAAAAUCUAAAAAGAAACCACCCCCAAGUUUAAAAGUAGCAAAGAAAACUGAUGAACCACCCAGUGACUUUCGAGCUUUAUCCAUCACUCCAAAUAGACGAGAUUUAAAAUAUGAUAAACCAUUCAUUCGUCCAAAUCUUGUAAAAGGCAAAUAUGAAGAUGUUGACCAUUAUCUUGACGUUCAGUUUCGUCUGUUUCGUGAAGAUUAUAUUCACCCUCUUAGAGAAGGAAUUAAAGAUUACCAUAAGGAGUUAAAAGAAAUGAGCAAUAUUUAUAGUCGUGAAUUCAGGACUGUUUAUGUUUAUCAAAAUAUCAAAAUUUUGAAUCCUAUCCUUGAUGAUGCUAAUGGUUUACUUUUUACGAUUGAGUUUCCAUCCUUUCCUAGCACUUUUAACUGGGAGAACAGUAAGCGUCUUCAAGAAGGUUCACUCUUAUGUUUAUCAGUAGAUAAUUUUGAGGAUAAUUUUAGUUUUGCAACAGUCAUAAAUCGUGAGACAGCUAAAGUUUCCAAGGGGAAUAUACUAAUUCAGUUUGAACAAGACACUGAUUUUGUAUAUGAACAUCCAACAGCAACAUAUACAAUGCUAGAAACAAAGGGUGGAUAUUUUGAAUCUUACAGACAUACUUUGAAAAUUUUGAAAGAAUUAAAUGAAGAUAAUUUUCCUCUGAAAGAUUACAUAACUGUCCAUAAAAGGAAAGUUAACCCACCUUGUUAUUUAGACAAAAAAUCUAUUUAUAACUUUCGUAUAUUAUUUGAUGAAGAUUCUCGUAAAAAAUUAACUAAAGCUACAGAUGAUUUUGAAAAAUCAGAAUCUGAUAAUAAAUCAAUUGAUUUGAAAUGUUGGGGUUUAGAGAAUGUCAAUUUAAAAGAAAUUCAUAACAUAGAUAGUGGGUGGUUAUCUGAUGAUGAUGAACCAUCAAAAGAAAUUCAUAACAGAGAUAGUGGGUGGUUAUCUGAUGAUGAUGAACCAUCAAAAGAAAUUCAUAACAGAGAUAGUGGGUGGUUAUCUGAUGAUGAUGAACCAUCAAAAGAAAUUCAUAACAGAGAUAGUGGGUGGUUAUCUGAUGAUGAUGAACCAUCAAAAGAAAUUCAUAACAGAGAUAGUGGGUGGUUAUCUGAUGAUGAUGAAUCAUCAUCACCAUGUGAUGAAAAAAAUUUGAAAUCAAAAGAUUUUUCAAUAGAAGAAGUUCCUAUUUUAAAAUAUUCAAAAUGGCCUACAAAAGAAGUCUUAAAAUUAGAUGAAUCUCAGUAUGAGGUAUUAAAAGCAGCCCUAACCAAAGAAUUUACUAUUAUACAAGGUCCUCCAGGUACAGGAAAAACAUUUAUAGGACUAAAAAUAGUGAAAUUACUGCUUUAUAAUAGAGAAUUAUGGUAUCCUAAAGAUGUCAAAGAUGAUGAAGAAUGUCCAAUUCUGAUCGUUUGCUUCACAAAUCAUGCAUUAGAUCAGUUUCUUGAACGAAUUUUACAAUUCAACAAAAGGGUUGUGAGAAUUGGAAGUCAAGGAGAGAGUAAGGAAUUGGAAGAAUAUAAUAUAAGUAAUUUGAGAAUGAAAGAGGAGUACAAUAUUUGCAAAUCUACAGAUAAAAAGAGACUACAAAUCAAAAGAAUACAAUUGAAAAAUCAAGUACAUAUAUGUUAUAUGAUCAUAGAAGCUGCUUCAAGAAUUAUCUUUCCUUUACCUGUUUUAAAAAAAUAUAUGAGAGGUCAUCAAUAUGAAUAUCUUAAUAAAAUGACUUGUAAAAGUGACAAAAUAAGAAGUAAUUUAGAAGAAUGGCUUGACGUUCCUUAUGAUGAUGAAAUUAAAGAUGCUUUCAAUAGAGAUGUUUUAGAUACUGACUUUAUUGGAUUGGAUGAUGAUAUAUGUUCUUGGCUUCCACCAGCGGCAAUGACUGAAAUUAUAUCUCAUUCAUCAUGGAAUGAGAGAAGAUCAAAUAAACACGAAGAAUAUAUUAUGGAAAAUAUGAAAAAUGGUUACGAAAGAAAUUUAGAUGAACAAAACGGAAGAAUAAUGACUGAAGAAGAAGCAAGUGAAUGUGUAUUGGAUGACAAUUUACAAGUAAGCGAUAGAUGGAGACUUUAUAGAUUUUGGGUAGCAAAAUUUAUUAAUUUUGUGAAAGAACAAAUGAACAACUAUCAGAAUGCUUUCAAUAGCACUGUAAAAACACUUAAACAAUUUAAUUUGGAUAAGGAUAUAAAUAUUCUUAAACAUAAUUUGGUUGUCGGGAUGACAUGUACAGGUGCCGCUAAAUUUCAUCGAUUAAUCGAAGAGGUGGGGCCACAAAUUAUUAUUAUUGAAGAGGCUGCAGAAGUGUUAGAAACACAUCUGAUAACUUCGUUGACCAAAUCUAUGAAGCAUUUAAUAAUGAUCGGAGAUCACCAACAGCUGCAACCACUACCAACAGUUCAUGAACUGGGGGAGAAGUGUGAAAUGAAAGUAUCAUUAUUUGAAAGAAUGGUUAGGAAUGAAAUUGAAUGCUACACUCUGACUACUCAGCAUAGAAUGCGUCGGAAUAUAGCACAACUGCUUGUUCCACAUAUUUAUGAAAAACUGAACAGUCACAGCUCUGUUGAUGAUUACGAAGAUAUAAAGGGAUUAGAUAAAAAUAUGUUUUUUAUAAACCAUAGUCAUAUGGAUAAAGAAACUUCUGUUUCAUCUUAUUGUAAUGACUAUGAAGCAAGGUUUAUAGCACAGUUAUCAAGAUAUUUAAUUUAUCAGGAAUAUGAAUCAGAUCAAAUUACGAUUCUAGCUACAUAUUCUGGUCAAGUUAAACUUAUACAGACUGAAAUGGAAAAAGUUGCCAAAGAAUGUGAAGAAAGUGCUAAAGAUUACCUUCAAAAAAUAAAAGUAACUUCAGUUGAUAAUUAUCAAGGAGAGGAAAAUGACAUCAUUCUCAUCUCAUUUGUAAGAAGCAAUUAUGAAAACAAGAUAGGCUUUUUAAGUAGAGCAAAUAGAGUAUGUGUUGCUUUAUCCAGGGCAAGAAAAGGGCUCUACUGCAUUGGAAAUUUUGAUCUUUUAGAAUCUGCCAGUGAUCUUUGGAAAGCUAUCGUCGAGGAUUUAAAAGAUCAAAGUUCUAUUGAUUCAUCUAUAAAUUUAGUUUGUCAAAAACACAAACAUACAACUAAUGUACAAUUGAUUAGAGAUUUCAAGAAUGUUUCUAAUGGAGGGUGUGAAGAAAAAUGUAAUGCUAAGUUGGAAUGUGGUCACAACUGCAAGAGAUGUUGCCAUGUUUUUGACACAGCUCAUAACUUAUACAAAUGUGAUGAAAAAUGUAAUAAGAAAUGUAAAUUUGGUCAUCCGUGUAAGAAAAAAUGUCAUGAAGAAUGUGGAGAUUGUAAGAUUAUUCGGAUGGCAAAACUUCCCUGUGGUCAUUGUUAUCCAAUACCAUGCCAUGUGGAAAAGCCCUCAGACUUUAAAUGUCGAAAACCAUGUGAGAAAAUGUUGAAAUGUGGUCACGCGUGUGAUAAAAAGUGCAGUGACGAAUGUGAGCCCUGUACACGAAUGGUGCCAAAAACUUUUCCCGAUUGCAAACAUACUAUCAGAUUGAAAUGUUACAUGAAGUUAGAAGGAAUCAAAUGUUCAGAACCUUGUCCACAUUUUCUGCCUUGUGGGCAUCCCUGUGCAAAAUCUUGUGGUGAUCGCCCUUGUCCAGAAAAAUGUGAACGUAUGAUCAUUCUACAUUUACCAUGCAAUCAUGUUAAGGAACAAAAGUGUUCAGAAGAAAAAGAUUAUUCUUGUUUUGCUCCCUGCUGUGCCAAGUUAUCUUGUGGCCAUUCCUGUACCGGAAAUUGCACAAUGUGUAGAAAUUCACAUAAAAGGUGUGUAGCUAAAUGUGGAAAGCGACUACAUAACGGAAUGACGUGCAAACUUUCAUGUCAGCAUAACGGACCAUGCAAUUCAGAUUUCAUUCCUAAAUUUAGAAAGGGUGGCGGUAAAAGCGGUGAUAAACAUGACUCGGGACCACAUAGAGAUAGACACAAAGUUAAUAAAUGGAAAACGGACUACGAAUAUGAAUAGUGAUUAAGUGUUUCUUACAAAAUCUGCAUAGAAAGUAAUUUAAUGCAAUUACAGUAUAAUACAUUGAUAUUUAAAGUUCAAUUGUUUGUUCUAUAGUUAAAUUUGUUUUAAAAAAUGCUGUUGUUCAGAGAUAAACCAAUAAAUUUUAAGUCAAAAUUAUUAAUGGAUCAUUGUUAGAAAACUUUUAUCAUCUUACUAAUUCAAGAAAUUAGGCAUUAAAUCCUUAAAUUCAAUUUUAUGAUUUAAACAUUGAAUAAAUAUUAAGUUAAAGGAUUUCUAUAAAUCUUGAACUUUUCUUUGGACUGGAAAAAUGACAUAAAAAAGUAAGAAAGGAAAAAUUAUUUAAAAAAUUCUAUCGUACAGUACAAGUGUGAAUGAAUCAAAAAUAUAAUUAGAACUAGCAACAAAGCAAGCAGCUGCUUGGAGCAACAUUUUGCAAAAAAUAACAGUAAAAUAAAAUGAGCCUAACAGGUUAAUAUCCAUGGAUGGGUUAAAGAUUAAACAAAAUUGUGUAUGAGGGGCAUUGAUGCUAUUAAAUUUUUAUGGUUAAAGGUCAAGGGGUGAGGCUAUAGUGGGGUCACGUGUUAUAUCUUGAAAGAGGUUGGACUUAAUGAAGAUUUUACUCUGUAAUAUAUUCUGAAACUGUCUUCCUUUAUUUGAAUAAUUUGUUAUCAAGGUUAUUAGGUGCUUAUACAGGCACUUGGCAAUUCUGUCAACUUUUAUUCAGGAAUUUUUUUAUUUGCCGAGACACAUUUUGGGCUC